UAAUGCACAUUUUCUCGUACUCUCUAUUGUGUUAUUAGAGGGAAAUAUGUAAUCAAAAGUUUAUAUAUACAAUCUAUUUCUUACAUGAGAUGAAGAAAGUGUAAGAUUCUCAAUAUUCAUGAAUGAUCAUGUUUUUUUUUUUUCAAAUAGCUUUUAUAUUUCAAGCACAGAGAUCCAAUUAAGGAAAUAAAAACAACCAGCUUUUGUGAGUGAGCUUAUAGAGACAAAAGCCUAUUCAAUGCUCAAUUGAUGUCCUCGUUUUAAACUUUCGAUUUUAAAUGAGGACGAAACAACUUUCUUAUGGAGUUUUAUUCAUCAUAUAUGGACGUAAAUGAGUUGAAUACUGCACAUAUAUUUAACAUAACAAUGAUCAAAUAUUAAACUUCCACGAGAACAAUCAAUAUUCAAAAUGCACGGACGUGGGUUUAAAUUAAAUACACUAACGUGCUUAAGUCUUCCUCUGAACUGACUUGGCUGAAAUUAAUAACUUUUUAACAUUGGACUAUGAUAAAUAUGAAUUACAACUAAAGGAAAAUCUAUUUUGCUUACAGUCUAUCAAAAUGAGAGAGGGUAAUUCAUUUCUGGGAGGCGAAACGAUCUCGUAUUUCACAAACGAUUGAUCGCAGCUACGCAGAAGGAAAAAAAGAACUUCCUGAUCGAGUGAACAAUGGCAGCAAUAGAUAGAAAGUGUUAAUAAAAUCCUCCAUUUUUCUCAUUUCUGAAUUAAAAAUUACCUCUUAUUAUUUAAAAAGAUCUUUAAAAAAACCGUAGGUAGAAAAGUGAAGCUUUAAGACUUCAAAUCGACGACAAAAAUUGGAGAAAAACUGUCGCGGGAUAAUCUUGCUGAAAUGUAAUAGGCAUGUAAGGAGGCACGAAUUUGCCAGAUGCAAUUUGAAAGGAAGAGACGAGUAAAAUAUUUUAAUAAAAGAAUCUAAAAUAGUUCUUACCUUCUAACUACACCAUUAGGAACUGUUCGUAAAGAAGACUGGGCUUACAAGGAAAAAAUAUUUACGAAGCAUUAUCUUCUCUGCCAAGCCGGGCCGAAGCUUACAACUUUGUUAUGAAUUAGUACCCAGCUUAAAACGGUCAACAAAGCCAGAAGGAACAAGCUGGGUGAUGUAAGAAUGGAUUUGUGCGAUAUUCGAAGCUCCUAGUCUUUGCCUGUAUGAAAUGAAGCCAUUUUAAAUAUGACAAAACAAGCAUUUAGUGUCUUAAAAUCAUACUCACAGCAAGUACCGUUUAGAAAUCAUGAAAAUCAUACGAUAGAUUUAAUCGUCUGUUUGUCUUGGCGGAAAUGAUCGGAGCUCGGUCGCAGCAUUCGUUUCCAGUCUACUUUCGACUUGAAAGUUCGAAAGUUGUGAACGGUGUAGUACGCGGAGACGAAAUGGCGAGGAAAUACACUGAAAACCGAUAAGUUGAGGUUUCUGGUGAACAGAGAGCUUAAAAGAGACUCGUUGAUCUUAGUGCCUCUCUUUGAAAGUGGGAAAAAGCGCAUGUUGAUUGCUGAUGGAAGACCAAGAGAGACUUCGCCAUCAAUCCCCUGAUCGGUCUCAGGAGCUGAUGGAACUUAAUGCUGGAAGACAUCUGCAAGCAGGAUCAAAACUUCCAAGGAAAGACUAUGAGAGCCUAGAUUACGAUGUCUGCUACAACAAGCCAUUUUCAAGGAUGCUUGCAUCCAGAGAUAAAAAGUCACUUUUGGGGCAAGAGGUAGUCCGAUGGUUGGUGACAGGCGCUAUUGGGAUCUUGACAGGCUUGGUGGCUGUUUUUAUUGACUAUUUUGUGACGCUUUUGACUAAGUGGAAAUUUCAUACUAUUGACAAAUCCCUUAAGGAGUGCACUGCUUCUGGUUGCUUAUCUGUUACUCUACUAAUAUUGAUGGCCUUCAAUGGAGUAUUUUGUCUUAUUGCUGGGAUUCUGUGUGUUAUUGAGGUAAGGAAUCAACGAAACUACAUGUGCUGUUCUAAUUUGUUAUAUCAUAAACGUGAUUGUGUGUGCAUGAUUCUGUUUGGCUGUGAGAGACAAUAGAUGUUUUUUGACAGUUUCAGACAACAGAUUCAGUCAACUUUUAGGUGGGAUGGUAUAGCCAUUAGCCAGUAGUUGUAAGUGAGACUUUCUUAUUGCUCCAGACCACACUGCCCCUCUCCACCCACUAGAAUAAAUAGGUGUGGGAAAACUGUCAGGGAAGGACUCAGGGAAGUUUGACAA